CCAGUGGGUCGCUUACAGCAUGAGCAUGUUCUCGUCAUCAUGGGUGAAAGCAAAUGAAGGAUGUUUGUCCAACAAAACUUUGCCAGCGACACUAAACAGCAUAUUUAAAGGAAAAUUUAGUAUUGAGUUGAAUCAACCUCAUUGGACAGGCGUCAUCCGAACACACACAGUGCUGAUGGCAGACGAUAGAGAUUUUAUUACAAGACCUGGAGAACGGACAAAUUCAUUCGUGACAAAUAGUGGAAAAAUCUAUUUCGAAGGAAGCGGGAAUAGAAGCAGUCUUUGUACAGCGUCACCAGCCGCAACAACAACACCAACGUUUUAUUUGUCAACGACAAUUAAUCUUACCGAAGAAGAACAUCAUGUAGCCUCAACUUCUCCAAGUAACCCUAUCCAUAGCAGUACUACAAGUCAUCAAUCGACACUCAUACAGUCACCAACCAGUAAUGAUGAUAUACAAAAAUCCACAGAAUCCAAAGCCAUGGGCAUAGGAAUCGGCAUUUCAGUUGCAGUCAUUUGUAUAGUUGGGGCCACAAUUGCUAUAAUCGUUCUAAAGAAAAGACAAGUAUUACCUUGUUCGAAGACUACAUCGACUUCUAAUACUGGCAAUCACCUUUGACAAUGCACCUGAGCAAAGCUAUGACGACCUGGUUGACAGAGAUGGACAAAAUGCCAACUACUCUGUACUGGGCACAAGUAUUGAUUGUGCUGACGGCAAAGCUCGCUAUUACAAUAUAUAAAGGGAUAAGGGUAUUGAACGUGAAACAAAUGACAAAUGCAAUUCUGACUACUAUAAUACCAGGGUUGCCCU